AAUUGCGAUCCUGAUAUUCAUAUACAUAUAUCCGAAAAAAUUAAUUGUGUUUUUUAAUUGCUAUCCUGACAUACAUAUAUAUUCGCAUACAUAAGCUCCCCGCUAUUCUGCGAGCAGCCAAAAUUUUUCCAUCAAAUACAUACAUACAUACAUGAGCAGAGCUUAGCGCUAUUCUGUGCUAAGCAUCGAACUCCAUAUACACACAUACAUAUAUUUGGGCAAUUUUUAUUUUGUCUCCGUUUUGUUCAUAUGCAAGCAUAGGCACUUACACGAUUCAAAUAGUAACGAGCAAAACACACGGCACCAAUCCUACAUCCAUACGGGAAUUCAAAAUCGAGCGCAAAAAAAAAAAAAAUUAAUAUUUUUCGAAUAAUCGUCAAAGAAAAUUUCAAGGUCGAUAGCUAUUUUAGAUUCGUUUUUCAGCUAGUUUUUUUGGCUUCUUUUUUCUUGUGUCGCAAAAGUGGUUAAACUUCGAUUGUGUUCCUAAAUUACAGAAAAAUUUUUGCCAGAGAAUUCCAAAUCUAAAUUCUGCUCCUAGGCUAUCGUACCACCAGCCAUUUAAUUUUUUUGGCUAUUUAAUUUUUUUUUAAAUUGAUUGUCGAAGUUUUUCUUGCGGUUGAUGUGUCGGUUUUUUUUUUUUCCAUUGUUUCGGUUGGUUUUUUUUUUUUUUUUUUGUGUUUAGCUAUUCAGCCUUUUUAGUCGUUUGGGUUGAUUCUCUCAGCGAGAUUUAGCUAUUUUUCGUCAGGGAGCAUUCAGCUAUUGUUUGCUGUUUCCAGAACUCUUAGCUAUAUUUAGCUAUAUUUUUCGUCAGGGAGCAUUCAGCUAUUGUUUGCUGUUUCCAGAACUCUUAGCUAUAUUUAGCUAUAUUUUUGUCAGUGGGCAUUCAGCUAUUUUUUGUUGUUUCCGUAACUCAUAGCUAUAUUUAGCUAUUUUUUCCAAUAAGCGUUUCGUAACCGGUCGCUAUUUUCUAGCUAUUUUUCUAGCUAUAUCAGCUAAUUUGCUCCAAACCGAGUCUGCGGGUCAGUUUUUUUUAUUCGUUUCCUUAAUUUUUUGGCGGUGGGAAGGCCUUCCGAUUUAAACAGCGUAGCUGAGUAUGCCCGUUGAGGGUGACAAGAAGCCAACGCCGACACCAAAAAAGGAAACAAAGACCACCCUUUCCUCUCCGCUGCCUUCUCGCGUCAAACAAGUGCCCAAGUCCGCUAGCCCGAGACCUAGAAGCUCGAGUGCCACGCCAAAGAUCAGAGAUCGCCCAACGACGGGCUCAAAAACAAGUCCGAGAAUUGUCGUCUCCAAACCGGUGGCGAAAGCGUCGAGCGAAUCUUCACUUGUGGAACAGCCAGAGAAUCCCUCUGCAUCCGGGACUAAAUUUCUGAGGGUCACGCGCGCUAGUAGGAAAAUGUCGGUAGCCGAGCAGCCAACGGCCGCAACCGCUGCGUUGCACAAAUUCAUCGCUGUGAGCGAUCGCGUCAGCGCUUUCGAAGACAAAAUCAAUACUCCUGGUCAGGCUUCGCAAUCUUCACACACAUUGCAAGUCCGUCUGCAGCAAGUGCGAGCCUUAUGGGAGAAGGUUGAAAAAGAGUACGAAAUCUGCUCUGACCUCAUUGCCCAGGAAGGAUCCCUCAGCACCUUACCUCUCCUACAAGCAAAGUAUGACUAUUGCUACUCCGUAUACGAGACAUGUGCAGCUCAGAUUAGCGAAACGCUAGACAGAGUGACGCCUCAAGCCGAUCCAGCUCUUCCCUCUCAACCGCUUAUUUCGUCCGGUUGCCGGCUACCGCCCUGCGAUACAGAAGUUUUCGAUGGGGACUACCUCCGAUGGCCCACUUUCCGGGACCUGUUCACGGCAGUUUAUGUUAACAACCCCAGGCUGACACCGGUCGAGAAGCUUUUCCAUCUCCUCACCAAAACUAGUGGCGAGGCAAAGGCCAUAGUGUCCAAAUCCCCGCUUACAAAUGACGGCUUCGCGUCAGCGUGGGCAGCGCUUCAAGACCGUUUCCAAAACAAAAGACUUUUAGUCAACAGCCAACUCAAGCUUUUGUUCAACUUGAGCUCCAUUUCUCAAGAGUCGGGACAUGCUCUAAAGGAGCUGCAGUCUACGAUUCAGGGGUGUCUAACAGCGCUAGCACAUUCCAAUAUCUCCACUGACAACUGGGAUUGUCUGUUGGUCUUCCUGUGCGCCAGCAAACUGCCAAAGUUAACCCUUUGCUUAUGGGAACAGUCGCUAACUUCGAAGUCCGAAAUUCCGGCUUGGGAGGAGAUGAACACCUUCCUAAGCGAAAGGUAUCGGACACUUGAGGCUAUCGAGGAUAUGAAGCCGACUCAGUCAGUUCCCAAAAGGCUGCAAUCCUUCGAGACCAAGGUCACCCCCAAACAAAAGGGGUGUGACUUAUGUUCUAAGGAAAAUCAUCCAAUCAGAUUGUGCCCGCGCUUUCUCAACAUGUCUGUCGACGCGCGUUCCGGCUACAUCAAAAAGAAGCAGCUAUGCCUGAACUGUUUCGCUAGAGGCCACCAGCUACGUGAUUGCACGAGCACACAUAGCUGUUUCACGUGUAGGGGGAGGCAUCAUACAUUGCUGCAUCGCGGCUCCCCCAGUUCCUCAAGCACGACUUCCUCAAACGCUCGACCCACGAGCUCUCCAACCUCGGCGCCCUCGGCGCAACAAUCCUCCAGUCGCAAUGCAUCCGCGAGCACCUCAACGGUGCAAAAUUAUUUCGCUGCAAAUACUACAGCCGUCCUGCUGAGCACGGCAAUUGUUGACGCAAGAGACGCAAGCGGGAGGUACGUGGUUACGCUCCCAUUCUGCGACCCCGAAAACUCGGGGUCCGAUCUGGGAUAUUCAAGGUCCAUUGCGUUAGCUCAGUUUCUUCGAAACGAGAAUCGUUUAAAAAGAGACUUUCCGUUAAAAGAGCAAUAUGACAGCGUGAUUCAGGAGUAUCUGGAUCUGGGUCAUAUGCACGAAGUUCCAUCGACUCAUAGUUCCCCCACUUACUAUCUUCCACAUCACGCGGUAAUCAAGCCCGAAAGUACUACGACAAAGCUUCGCGUUGUAUUUAACGCCUCCAGUCCAUCUGCGAAUGGAACCAGCUUAAAUGAUAUUCUUCAUGCUGGUCCAGUCCUGCAAUCCGAUCUGACCAUUCAAAUUCUGAAAUGGCGAUAUUUCCAAUAUGUGUUCAGCGCGGACAUCACAAAGAUGUACCGUCAGAUCUGGGUCGAUCCGAAACAUACACCCUUUCAAAGAAUCCUGUUCCGAGAUAAGGAGGGGGAUAUUCGAGACUUUGAGUUGAAAACAGUUACCUUCGGGGUCAACUGUGCGCCCUUCCUCGCUAUUCGAGUGCUGCAGCAGCUAGCAGAGGAUGUCCAAGGGGCGUUUCCAAAAGCCAGCCACAUUCUUCAACAACAUAUGUACGUCGAUGACGUUCUGGCAGGGGCAAAUUCCAUAUCUGAGGCCCAUAGUUCAAUCCAAGAGCUACAAGCAGCUCUUAGCUCUGCUGGUUUCCCGUUGAGGAAGUGGACUUCAAACCACACGAGCAUACUACAAAAUAUUCCGGCCGAACACCUCCUUCAUAGCGAGUUCCUCGAUAUCGAUACCGAAAGCACGGCCAAAACGCUCGGGAUUCGAUGGAGGGCUAAGUCCGACGAAUUCUACUUCGUGCCGCCAGAAAUAGUGGUGGAACCCUCCUUUACAAAGCGGGAGGUGUUGUCCCAAAUCGCGAGGUUGUUUGAUCCAGCCGGAUGGCUCGCUCCGUUUAUAAUACGUUCCAAAAUGUUUAUGCAGGAGAUUUGGCUACAAGAUUUCAGCUGGGAUGAUAAGCUUCCCAGCGAAAUGAGUCAGAGGUGGCAGGCGUUUCUUCAUGAGUAUUCCGACCUCAACCAGAUCCGCGUCCCGAGAUGGGUCUGUUUUCAGCCUGAGAUCAAAGUGGCGUAUCAUGGAUUCUGUGAUGCGUCCCAAAAGGCUUAUGGAGCGGCGAUCUACGUGCGCGUCGAGGUGGGUCAGAAAAUACUUUCUAACCUCCUCACAUCCAAGACCCGAGUCGCUCCCGUCAAGACCGUGUCCCUUCCACGGCUAGAGCUAUGUGGCGCCGUGUUGUUAGCCGAAAUGGUAACGGCUAUUCUUCCUAAUAUGCCCACAACAAGUUCCGACAUACGCUGCUGGACCGAUUCGACCAUCGUUCUGGCCUGGUUACGGAAGCCGGCGUGCAACUGGACCACGUUUGUUGCCAACAGAGUGGCCAAGAUAACGCAGGCAGUACCAGUCGACUGCUGGGCACACGUUCGAUCCGAACAAAAUUCCGCCGAUUUAGCUAGUCGAGGCGUGUCCCUACUCGAGUUAGCGGAUAGUCAACUUUGGUGGCACGGGCCAGAGUGGCUGCAAGGGCCACAAGAGCUGUGGCCAGCCCAAAGCAUUGUGCAACCGAACACAGAGCUCGAGCAGCGCGCGGUGAAGGUGCAUUUCAGCCAGGUCCCUUCUGACGAAUUUCUCGAACGCUUCUCUAAACUGGACAAAGCACUGCGAGUCCUGGCGUAUGUUCGGCGCUUCCUUAGCCGCUGCCGUAAGGGCGCGAUCUCCUCUACUUCCCGACCCACGAGGGAAGAAAUCCGAGAGGCAGAACAAACGCUGAUUUCCAUCGCGCAACGGCGAGCAUACGGCCAAGAGCUGAAGCACUUGGCAGCGAAGAAGCCCCUUCCGGGGGCAAGUCCAAUUUUAAACUUGUUUCCGUUCACGGACCAACUCGGCCUCCUAAGGGCGUGUGGUCGCGUCACAGCUUCUAGAGCCCUCCAGUAUGAUGAACGGCAUCCAAUAAUUCUGCCCUACGGCUGUAGACUGUCUCGCCUUCUCGUCCAAUUCACCCACCAGAUUACUCUUCACGGCGGUAGUCAGUUGAUCGUUCGCCUGAUCCGAUCGAAGUAUUGGAUUCCUAAACUCAAGAAUCUGGUCAAGGCAGUGGUGAAUCCGUGUAAGAUCUGCACGAUUUACAAAAAGAGACUGCAAACUCAGCUGAUGGGCGAUCUUCCAAAGGACAGAGUGUCCUUCUCGAGGCCUUUUACAUAUACGGGCAUUGAUUAUGCCGGGCCGUUCGAGAUUAAAAACUAUACCGGGAGAGCGUGUCUCAUUACCAAGGGAUAUGUAUGUGUAUUUGUGUGUUUUUCCACGAAGGCUAUCCAUUUAGAGCCGACAUCCGAUCUCACCGCCGAAAAGUUCCUAGCCGCCUUCGCUCGUUUCGUAGCUAGGCGCGGGUGCCCAAGGCGGAUUCAUUCUGAUAAUGGCAAGACGUUUGUGGGGGCAGCUUCUCUACUUUCUCGGGACUUCCUUCAAGCCGUCAAAGAGUCUGUGACUGAUGUACACAGCCAUCAGGGACUUGACUGGCGCUUCAUCCCGCCCGGGGCUCCGCAUAUGGGGGGUCUGUGGGAAGCAGGGGUGAAAAGUUUCAAAACUCUUUUCUAUAAAGCCACGGCUACGCGCAAGUAUACAUUUGAGGAACUUGCGACGCUCCUAGCCAAGAUCGAAGCUUGCCUCAACUCCAGACCCCUAUCCCCGAUGUCUGAAGAUCCCUCCGAUCUGCUAGCCCUCACGCCUGGCCAUUUCCUGAUUGGCGGGCCGUUGCUUUCCACGGCUGAGCCUGAGAUAAAGGGCGAAGCCAAGUCGAUAAUCAAUCGAUGGCAACAUUUGAAAGCCCAACAUCAGCAGUUUAGUGCGCGGUGGAAAGAGGAGUAUCUCAAGGAACUCCACAAACGCAACAAAUGGCAAUUUCCGACCCGAAACAUCAAAAUUGACGAUAUGGUGGUAGUUAAGGAGGAUAAUUUGCCCUCGAACGAAUGGCGGCUCGGCAGAAUUGUUUCUGUUUUCCCCGGAGCCGAUGGCCGAGUUCGAGUGGCUGAAGUCCGUACGGCGCGCGGCACAAUAAAACGGCCCGUGCAUAAGGUUAUCCUUCUCCCUAUGGAGAGCAAGGAACCGGCUACUUCCAGCCAUUAAUCUAUUUCCGUCUGCGAGGUCACAUACUAAGCCAACUUUUUGUCUCUUUUCCUCGCAGAA